UAAUAACCCACAAUAUAAAAUACAAAUAGCCUUAAACCAUAGAUACAAAUAGGACUUUUUCCACUAGUACUUUGUGUUCGAGAACAAACAAAAGAACUUGAAGGCAAGGCAUGCUUCAUCAAAUAAGGAUCAUCCUACUAAAGCCUUAAACACGUAAAAACGUUUGUUUGACCGUUAAAAUAGAUGUCAAAGCAUGUCACCCAUCUAAUUUCGAAUUCCACUCCUGCGACACCGUCUUUCACCAUCUCCUUCCUGAAGCUGCGAACUGUCCUUCACCAUCUCCCUCCUUCUUCGAAUUCUACAAGCAAUAUCCAACACAGAUAUUGUUUAUUGAAGAAGAAAAUGGCGAAUUCUGAUGAUGAGAUAGAGGAUUUGCCGGAGUGGGUGACAAACUAUUACUUUGAAGAUGAUACCGAAGGGCCAAUUUCAUUUUCUGUUCUGCCUUUUUGUUGGAACACAGCUGAGACGACGAUAAACACCCAAAAGAAAAUAUACGUUCGUGGUAAUGCAAAUGAUGGGCUGGAAAAAAUCUUUAAGCCUGUGAAAGCUUGGAGGUUUGAUAUUUCGGGAGCAAAACCCGAGAUUUCUGUUCUUUGUAAGGACAAUAAUUGGAUUAAACUUCAAAAGCCAAGGACAAGUUUUGAGGAAUAUGUUAGGACGGUUUUAGUAACUGUGAAUUUUCUUCACUUAGCGAAAAAAACCCCAGAAAUGCCUUGGAAGCGUAUUUGGAAGAAGUUGUCGAACAUUUUUAGCUUGUACGAUGUCAUCCCUUCUGUGAGGGAUCUGUUACAUCACAAGGAGUUGAUUGAGCAAGUUAUGAAACAGGAUGAGUCAUUAAAAGAAUCUAAGCAUUUAGUGACAUUAUUGCAAAGAUACCCACAAAAGAUGCAGAAAGCUGAUGAGGAUGUUUUAAAUAAAGGGAAAAGUGAUUUUGUGGUUGAUGAUGACAAUUAUUCGUUUGAUGAUCUCGAAGAUGAUGCUAGUGAUGACGAUGAUGGUUCUGGUGGUGAGCGAGGUGGUUCAGCUGACGAAGAAGAUGGUGAAGAAGAGUCUUUCGAUUCAGUUUGUUCCAUUUGUGAUGAAGGGGGUCCCUUAUUGUGUUGUGAAGGAAGUUGCAUGAGAUCCUUUCAUGCUACCUUAAGAGCGGGCAAACCUUCUCAGUGCUCUUCUCUUGGUUUUACUGAGAAAGAAGUGCAGGCUAUGCCUUACUUCAAGUGUGAAAAUUGCCAGUUAAAGCAACAUCAGUGCUUUGGCUGUGGGAGGUUAGACUCUUCCGAUAAACAGGCUGGUGCUAAGGUUUUUCAAUGUGUUAAUGCAACCUGUGGGUACUUCUAUCAUCCUCUAUGUGUUGCAAAACGGUUAUGUGUUAAAGAUGCUACGACUGCUGCUGUUGAAGAACUUGCAAAUAAGAUUCUUUUUGGAGAGUCAUUUACUUGCCCCCUGCAUAUCUGUUUCAAAUGUAAACAAGGAGAAGAUAAGACCAACCCUGAAAUGCAAAUGGCAGUUUGCAGACGUUGUCCAAAGGCAUAUCAUAAAAAAUGUUUACCCAAGGACAUUGCUUUCGAAGAAGAUGAAGAUGCCAACAUUAAUCAAAGGGCUUGGGAAGGUCUAUUGGUAGACCGUAUCUUGAUAUAUUGCUUAAAGCAUGAGAUUUUGGAUGAUUUAGGGACUCCUGCCAGAGAUCAUAUCAUUUUUCCUAGCAAGUUUAAAAAGGAUAAUGCAGCUUCUACUGUUGCACCCAAAAAGUUAACGCCUUCUUUGAGGGCUCCAUCUCAGGCGGUGCCUACUUCGGAGUCCAGGAAGAAAGCUAUUAAUGACAGUGAUCCAGAUAAAAAGAUUGCCAUAAGAAUCCCUAAACUGCAAAGAAGCAAUACAUCCAAAAAGUUGGCCCCUGAAAAGAAGUCAGUUUUGGUCAAAACUGAUGAGCGCAAGUAUUCUCGACAGUUGAGUGUGGUCAGUCCUAUCAGUAUUGAGAAACCUGAGGAAGUUGAAUCUAUCCAAACAAGUAAAAUUGGAGUCAAGACACCUGAACCACAGUUAGAUUCUGAUUCAGAAAGAAGGAUUCUGGAUUUGAUAAAUGAAGCUUCAUCUAUAAUAACUUUAGAUGAUAUCAUUGCCAAACAUGAAAAAUCAAUUUCUAGUCGUUCAUAUCAGCAGAAAACCGAUUCCUGUAAGAGCAUUACAAUGGGGAAAGUAGACGCUUCUUGCGAGGCUGUUCGUGCAGCUAGUAAAAAACUAGCUGCAGGCUAUGAAGAAGACGCCAAUAAUAUUUGUGGGCGAAAGGUCGUGAUUCAAAUGGCCAAUUGGAAGGGCAAGCUCAGAGUUUACCUUGCUCCUUUCCUUCAUGGUAUGCGCUAUACAUCGUUUGGUCGUCAUUUUACCAAGGUUGAGAAGCUUAAGGAGGUUGCUGACACAUUGCAUUGGUAUGCCAAUGAAGGUGACACGAUUGUUGAUUUCUGCUGUGGAGCUAAUGAUUUCAGUUGCCUUAUGAAACAAAAUCUGGAAAGUAGGGGGUUAAAGUGCAACUACAAAAACUAUGAUCUUUUUCCGCCGAAGAAUGAUUUUUGCUUUGAGACAAGAGAUUGGUUGACUGUAAAACCUAGUGAAUUGCCGAAUGGGUCGAAGUUGAUCAUGGGGAUAAAUCCUCCUUUUGGAGUUAAAUCAUACCUGGCAAACAAGUUCAUUAACAAGGCCCUGCAGUUUAAGCCGAAGCUGAUUGUCCUAAUCGUUCCCCCUGAAACAGAAAGGCUUGAUAAAAAGAAACCUGCCUAUGAUUUGAUAUGGGAGUAUGACGAUAAGCUUUCCGGAAAGUCCUUUUAUCUUCCUGGAUCUGUUGAUAUAAAUGACAACCAAAUGGAAGAUUGGAACCUUGUGGCACCUGUCCUUUAUCUCUGGAGCCGCCCAGAUUGGACUAGUAAACAUAUGGAAAUUGCAGAGAAGCAUCAACACCUGCCUGGAGAACGAAGAGAGAACAAACUCACGAUGAAGCUAGGUCGUGAUUCUUCAUUCAAGAUUCAAAACCAGACUUUAACAAAUGUUGACAUUAAUCCUCCUAAUGCUCAUUUACCUCUAAAUGAAAAGGCAGUCAGUGAAGGAAACGAUGUGGACAAGAGAUCUGCUCGAGCGGAUCGAAGUAUGGACAAAAAUGUACAUGUUGUAUUUGGAAAUAGCAGACCUAAGAAGGGCCCAAAGAAAAAGAGACAAAGAGUCGUGAGAAACAUAAGGCGAGAGCCAGAGUCCUUGCACAAGUACAAAAGACAACGGUCUUCUUUAGAUAGACCUCGUGACGAAGUCAUUAUGUUAAGAUCUCCUUCAGAUGUGGAGAUUAAUCAAUUUGAGCCUACCCGUUAUGAUGAAAGACGUUCCUCAGAAAGUCACACUCCUAGGUAUCAAGGGUCAGCUCAAAAUGAACUGAGGGCCGUAGGUCUCGUUAGCCAUGGUCACUUUGAUUCCGGUCAUUAUGGAGAAAGAGAAAGAGAAAGGGAAAGAGAACGGCUUUCUCUCUUGGAGAACCGUCCUUUUAGGCAUCAAGAGUCCCCUUCAAAUAUGGAUGUUAGAGAUCAUCUUAAUAAUCAUCCUAGGGCUAGUUAUGGAACCGGAAACUAUGAGAAUGCUUAUCAUCAUGAUACGUAUAAAAAUAUAAGAGAUACUAGUUAUCCUCCACCACAACGUCAUCCCGAUUCAACAAUGGGUUACAUGAACCAGUCUUUCGGUGGAAGUGUUGAAAGCUAUCCGACUUCUGUUUUCAAUCGAGCAGCGACAAAUUCCGUUUCAGCAAUCGAUAAAUAUAACUUCUCUUUGGAUGCACCAAACCAUGGAAGGAUGGCUGGUGGUGGUUUCAGUCGUCCUGAUAUAGGCCCCCCAGCGGGUGCUAGCUUAUACCAUCAUCAAGGUCCGCCCAGACAAGGCUACCCGUAUCCAAGGGAUUUUGCUCAAGGUCCGACCCAUCCACACCCUUAUCGUAUUCCCCCGGGAGGCUGGAUCGAUGAUUAAGUUUAUUAUCGUUAAGCUAGGUUUGCAGUUUGAUCAAAUCUGUUUAGUAAUAAAUUAUUGAAUAAUUAGCAUGUUUCGUCUUCACUAAUGACUGUUCUCAUUGUUAUUAUUAAUCUUCCAUAAACAAGUUUUUAUGUUAAUUAAUUUGUAUUGAAUAGAAUUUUGGUUAUUUUGCUUAAGUUAUAUAAAUCAAAUUCCUGCUUAUUUA